UAACACUUCUCAACCCUUUAUGUUAAAGUUUGGGUCACACACUUGUUAGGUUAUUCUGAUAUACAUAAAUAGUUAGUGUAUAAAAUUGUGCAGUGGCACAGAUACGUUCGAGUCACGACAAACAAUGAUGAAUUCCCUUCUUUCCUCUGUAAUUGCGGCUCUCCUGCUUUCGGUUAUUGGUAACGAAGCAUGUCGGCUGCAAGGCGAAGGUUGUGCCGAUCACAUUCCGUGUUGUGGCGGCUUGAAGUGCGACAAUGGUGGCAACGUUUUUGGAUUCUGUAAAGUUUCAGUGCCUCCUUAUACGGGAGGGGGCUCCGUCAAUCCUCCGCCUAACCCUCCAGCUCCGUCGCCCAGUGGAGGUGGUCAGCCUGCUUCGGGUUAUUUAAUCAGCAAAGACGAAUUCCGGCAAGCCGUUACAAUUAACGGCUACGGCGCUCCCUCGGAUGAACAGUACGAGAACAUCAACAAAGGCGCCGUCAACGGAAAGGUCACCACGAAACGGGAACUCGCCAUGUUCCUGGCCAACAUCCUCCACGAAUCCGACGGUCUGAAAGCUAAAGAAGAGUACUCACCCAUCAUUUCCACGGACCCCGCCUAUCCCGGGAAGAACUAUCACGGACGCGGCUACAUCCAGCUGAGCCAUAUCUACAACUAUCGUGAUGCGUCAUUUGCACUGUAUGGCGAUGAUCGGCUGGCCAGGAAUCCCGAGCAAGUGGCCACGGAUGAUAAGAUUGCCUGGGAUACGACCUUUUGGUUCUGGGGCAACCGGGUGCACGACAAAGCCGGUGUGGCGGAAGGGAAGUUCGGUGUGACCACCCGGGCGAUUAACGGUGGAUAUGAGUGUGAUGGGGCGUAUCAGCACAAGGCCAGACGCCGGUUCGCAAUGUACACCAAGAUCCUCAACAUCUUUGUGCCCGGAGAAACGCCCAUCGAGAGCGGUUGUUACAACUAACUUCACCGCAUCGCGGCAAUCUCAUGACAAUUGUGGUCCUGCAAUAUUUACUCAGUCAUCACGUCUUUCCCCCUAAAAUCUGUCGCCAGUCUGCAGAUCAAGGAUCGACUUCGUAAAAUUUGUACCAGUUUGAAUGGUUUGAUAAUAUUUAAUUUUUUAGCUCGGUUGUUAAUGCGACUUCUCUUGUAAUUUCUAUGAAAUUCACCAUACGAAAAGUCAAAGUAAAUAAUUGUAGUAAAAUUUGAAUUGUCUUCCGUUUAGCAAUGUACUGACAAUGUUUUAUGCGCUUGCUCAGUCGGCUCUCUCGACUUAGAUUACAUAAAGACGAUUAAGAGAGAUAAAAGCCAAAAACGAUAGA